AUGGCAGAAGAUGUUUCUGUUGCUGCCGAAAUUUUGAACAUACCCGAAGACGACGAUAACUCCGAUUCUGAAGAUAUCAAGCCGGUACGAAAGCUCCACGAUGAACACACAUGUUCAAGGUCCCAAGUGCACCCAAACCACCGUAAUGCGAAUAAAAAGGUUUUGGGUCAUAUACUUGCAGGCAGUUUAAAGGAUUGUAGGAGAGUGUACCWUGGUAAAGAAAUCAUGGAAGAUGUGAACCAACGGUUCAAUAUUAGCAUCUYCUACCAYCAAGCAUGGCGAGCAAAGAUGUAUGCCUUGCAACUGUUGAGGGGGACCCYRRAAUUGUCGUUUAACCUACUCUCGGUUUAUUGUCACAAUCUKAAGCUAGCAAAUCCGGGGACUGUGACRGAGAUCRCUCUUGAUCCACUUGGACGAUUCGACAUGUUGUUUGUCGCACUCGGUUGUUCGAUUCAAUCUUUUCUAGGACACAUGAGACCGCUUCUUAUAAUGGACGGUGCCCAUCUGAAGGGGCCGUACGUUGGCACCAUGUUCUUAGCGGUCGGCAUGGAUGGAAACAAUGGUAUCGUACCUAUUGCAAUGGGAGUGRGGAAGACAKAAAGUGGCMCRUCAUGGACAUGGUUUUUACGUAAGCUUAGGCAGUGUAUCGGUGACGUGCCCAAUUUAACCUUCGUCACCGAUAGGGCUGCCUCUAUCGACCUGGCCAUACGAACUGUAUUUCCUUCUGCGCACCACGGACUUUGUUGUCGGCAUCUGAGCCAAAACCUCCGCCUAAACUCCGCUAAAGAGAAAAGGAAACGGUGGAUGUUCUGGGAGGCAUGCAAAGCUUACCGGUUGUCGGACUUUGAAGCUACUAUGGAUUUGAUGCGGCACAGUCUACCUAGAGCCGCUCAAUAUCUUGAGGAAGUUGGCUAUGCUAGAAGGGCACGAUCGCACUUCCCUGGAUUGCGUUACAGUGCAAUGACGUCCAAUAGUGCUGAGUCCAUCAACUCAGUAACACGGUUUGCACGCUAUCUUCCGAUAACAAUGUUAGUUGAAUUUUAUCGGGCGACAUUGUAA